AUGGCCCUCCGUUUCAUCCCUCCCAGAGCCAUUGUCGCCCGCUCAUCGGCUUCUAUAUCGAGCAUCACCAACCUCACUCGUGGCUCAAUACCCCUGCACCGCUCAUUCAUCACCCUCCCAUCCUCCGAACCUCAACGAUUAACGGCCAAUCGCACUCUACCAUACCCCCAUGAACCUCUUUACGAUCUCAUAGCCGACGUGGAUUCUUACUCAUCGUUCGUCCCUUAUUGCUCUCGGUCUCGAGUAACUCGCUGGUCCGACCCCGACCCCGAUACCGGGAGACGCUACCCCACACUCGCUGAUCUCCAUGUCGGAUGGGGAGGCUUCGACGAGGUCUUUACAAGUCGAUUGCGCUGUGUUCCUGGCCAAUCUGUCGAAGCCAUCAGUGGGGAGACUGCUCCUGGGGGUACAGGGCCUGACGCAUCGGCUGUCUUCCGAAGCCUUGUGACACGCUGGUCCGUGAGACCAAUUUCUGGUCCACCUUCACCGCGCACUGAGGUCAAUCUAUCUAUCGACUUUCAGUUUACAAACCCACUCUAUGGCGCUGUAAGUGCUGCUGUCUCAGAUAAGGUCGCCAGCAUGAUGAUAGAAGCUUUUGAGAAGAAGGCCUUUGAGAAGCUAGGACCUCAACGGAAACUCUAA